AUGGAUCGUCGUUUACAUGAGAUGUUGAAGCACCUGACACAGGAAAACCUAUUGGGGAGCAAACAAUUUGAGCCGACAUUUGAUGCAUUGAUUGAUUUACGUGGAUCAGUUGCAAUGCUACCUCCACUGUGCACUUCAAUAAUGAGGCCGAGUCUUUGCUUGUUCCCGCAAUAUCUAUUGUUGUUUGUGAAGACACCCGUUUUCAUUGCUAUGUCAGCAUUUGACGAAAUCCAGAUAAGGUUGAACUUAUUUCGUGAGGAUGAAGUGUGCUUGGUAAGUCAAAACUGCACCGAUGACCGGAAGGAGGCAAUGCAAGAAUUGAGAUGGGAUGUAUUAGCUGCACUGCCGAAAGCUCUUCCAUUAUUUAGGGGCAUGUGGAUUACAAGUUGUAUCGCGCAUGAUUGUGCGAUAUUUCUUAAUACCUUUGCUGAGGUAUUUCAUGAUUGGUACUAUGACUGCGAUUACUUGCAAGUUAUCGAUACAUCUAUGGAGCCAAGAGAUUGCUCUGCAUAUAAAAUAUAUCCUCAAGCACUGAAUUGUUGUGAUAAAGUUAGAUGUUGGCAGGCUUGA